UUUUCGGGAGCUAUCUUCAUAAACAAAACCUUCUUUACUUAAAAAGUUAAAUAGAUUGAAUACAAUUUCAAAUAUGGAUUGCAACGAAGAAAUCCCAUCCUGUAGUGAAGUUACUAAAGAAAAAAUGGAAGAUGAAUCGUUGAAGUCACCUGUAUGUCUCAUUGUGUUGGGUAUGGCAGGCUCAGGGAAAACUACAUUUGUAUCUAAGCUUGAUUCAUACUUAAAACAAUUCAAAAGAUCCCCGUAUUUAGUUAACCUUGACCCAGCAUGUAAAAAUAUGCCUUAUAAGCCAAAUAUUGAUAUUAGAGAUUCUGUGAAGUACAAACAAGUGAUGAAGCGCUAUGGCUUAGGUCCUAAUGGCGCGAUUGUUACCUCUUUAAAUUUAUAUUCCACUAAAUUUAAUCAAUUAUUAGAUCUCCUUGGAAAAGUCCAUGUUGAAAAUACUCAUGAUGUAGCUAUUAUAGAUACACCUGGACAAAUUGAAGUUUUUACAUGGUCAGCUUCAGGUCAAAUAUUAACUGAAUGCCUUGCAUCAACAUUCCCAACAGUUGUUGUAUAUGUUAUGGAUUUAGAACGAAGUACUAGUCCAAUUACAUUCAUGUCUAACAUGCUUUAUGCAUGUUCAGUUUUAUACAAAACAAAAUUACCAUUCAUAGUAGUUUUAAAUAAAAGUGAUAUUGUAGAUCCAUCAUAUGCAAUUGAAUGGAUGCAUGAUUUUGAAACAUUUUGUGAUGCCAUAGAAAAAGAGUCAUCGUAUAUGUCAAAUUUGACACGUACUAUGGCAUUAACUUUAGAUGAAUUUUAUAGUGAAUUAAAUUGUGUACCUGUAUCUUCAAUUACAGGACAUAAUUUUGAUGAAUUUUUGAAAAUGGUUGAUUCAUCGGCUGACGAAUUUCAAAAGGAAUAUCGUGUUGAAUGGGAAAAAAUUCGCAAAGAUAAAUUGCAAGCAGAAAUUUCAGAACUGAAUAAUAAAUUAAAUAGUUUAGAAGUUAGUAGUGGACAAGGAGAAAAUGUAGAUUUAUUUAGUUCAUUAAGUGCUGGGCGAGAGAUUUCAGAUGUUUAUUUAGCACCAAUGGCCGAUGAAAUGUCAGAAGAUAGCGAAGGGGAAGAAGUACCUGGAUUUAAUCUUAAUGAUUGAACACAAAGAAAUUAUUUUUAAGAAGCAAAUUGAAUUGGUAUUUUGUCCAUAUUUGUGUUAUAUACUAAUAAUAUUCAUACUUAAAUAAACUAUUUUUAUAUGGA